UUCUCGUCCAGGAUGGUACAAAUCGCCUCCAAGAUGCUUCCUCCUCUGCGGCCCCUUCUCCUCCUCCUCCUCCUCCUCCUCCAGUUCUUGGCUCCCUCGAGCUCGCUCGAGUUCACACUGCCGGAUGUUCUCAACUCCAUCGGGAGCAUUGGCAGCAGCAUCGUGGAUCCCAAGUUGCUGCCCACGCCGGAAGCUCUCCUCGAUGGCAGCAAACAGCUCUUGGCGGGAUAUCCCUUUGAGUUUGUCUCUUCUUCCCUGAAUUUCAUAUGUUCGCAGGCGAUUUCGUCCAACAAAGUCAAGUCGAAAUACACGCCGGACAUAAAGCUGAUGAACUUCCAGCUGCAGACGGCCUGCCAAAAGGUCAACUUUCCGCUCACGAGUCCGGAGGAGAUGUGGAAGAGUCCGCUGUUCGAUCCCAAGAAGAAGGUGAUCAUCCUGGCCACCGGAUGGACGACCACCGUCAACGGAUCGGAUACCAUCGAUGUCUUCUCAAAGGCCUACAGUUGCCGCGGCGAUGUCAACUUUGUGGCGGUGGACGCAGCCCGAUUUGUGGACACGCUGUACACCUGGUCGGCGUUCAACACGCAGGCGAUUGGCGAGAGCAUUGCCCAGGCACUGGAGAAGGUGCUCCACGUGGUCCCCGUGGACAAUAUCCACCUGAUCGGGCACAGCCUGGGUGCCCACAUAGUGGGUGCCGCCGGUCGGAGUCUGCAGAACCUGACCGGCAAGGUGCUGCCCAGGAUCACCGCCCUGGAUCCGGCCAAGCCGUGCUUCAACGAGGGCGAAGUCCUCUCGGGACUGAUGCGCGGCGAUGCCCGCUUCAUCGACGUCAUCCACAGCAAUUCGGGAGUGCUGGGCAAGCGGGAUCCGCUGGGCGAUGUCGACUUCUAUCCGGAUGGCGAGGGUCCCCUGCCCACGGGCUGCUUCUCGGUGACCUGCGCCCAUGCCCGAGCCUGGGAGUACUUCGCGGAGACGGUGUUUCCCGGCAACGAGGACAACUUCCCCGCCACGCGCUGCAGUUCGCUGGCCAAGCUGCGCGAGAAACACUGUUCCGGCGGCGAGGUGCCCAUGGGCUAUGCCGUUCCCAGCAAUGUCAAGGGCAAGUACUUCCUGGAGGUCGGCGGAUCGUCGCCGUACGGCUUACAGGGCUCCGCCGAGCGUUCCAGCAAGUUGGAGAACUGCGGCAAGUGCCCCGACUCCUCGACGACCAGCACCACUGAGGAAACGACCACGGCGAAAUCCUGGCUCAAAGUGCCUGGCCUCGGCUCAAUCCUUCCCCCGAUUGGGUGAUUGCGGUCGAUAUGCAAUUCGCCAUUUGCCUUCUGAGCGUUGACAAUUCAAUUAAAUUUGUGUCUAGUUUUCUCAUGCGACAAGCGAACGCCGAAAGGGGGAGGCUCUCGAAUGCGGAAUACCCCUUACAUGUGAUAUCGAAGGAUUGUGAUAGGAUAGAGAAGUGCAUUGCACAUUAUUUUUAAUAAAUUGUUCUUCAAAUAAAUAAA